AAACGUUGACUUGAAUCAUGUCGUGUGUCCAAACACCAAAACUCGCGAAGCUUCACCAUCUUACCGAAUAUCGGUAGUUACUCAUCCAGCCCCAAAUUAUCCUUUCUGUCUGUCCCUGUUUCUAAAUCGCUUUUUAUUUUUCAAUAUUUCCUUCCCACCCCAAUCUUGGCAACAACAGUGACACACAGUCCAAUUCUCACGAAAACCCAAAACAAACACCCGAAACGAUUCAUUCCCCGAAAAAGAAACCCGAAUCCAAAAUUCAUCAAAUUCUAUCCUCCCACUCUCAGAACCCUAGAUUCGUGAAACCCACAACGAUUCUUGAUCGAAUUAGCUGAAAAAUCAAUAAAGUUAUCACUUUUGGCGCAUGGCAUCACCUAAUAAGAAGCCACCCUCGGAGCCCGACCGUCCACCGGCAGCGAUCCUCCACCAGCCAGCUUCACCCCGUUUUCCCUCCGGGACGCCGACAUCCAGGGCCAAUCGUAAAAUCGCCAUCGCCGUUGAUCUCAGCGAUGAGAGUGCUUAUGCCGUGAAAUGGGCGGUUCAGAAUUAUCUCCGGCCCGGCGACGCUGUGAUCCUCCUCCACGUCCGACCAACCUCCGUUCUCUACGGUGCUGAUUGGGGUUCCGUUGAUUUAUCGGUCACCGAUGAAGAAUCUCAGCAAAAGCUGGAGGAUGAUUUUGAUAAUUUCACCACCACCAAAGCUAACGACUUGGCCCAGCCGUUGGUGGAGGGGAAUAUUCCGUUUAAGAUUCAUAUCGUGAAGGAUCAUGAUAUGAAGGAGAGGCUUUGUUUGGAGGUCGAGAGGCUGGGAUUGAGUGCGGUUAUAAUGGGAAGUCGUGGGUUUGGAGCAUCAAGGAGGACCACGAAAGGAAGGCUGGGUAGUGUGAGUGAUUAUUGCGUGCACCAUUGUGUCUGCCCUGUGGUUGUGGUGAGGUACCCUGAUGAUAAAGAUGGAGUUUCUCAGGGUGGUGAGGCUUCAAAGAAAUCAGGGGAAUUGAAGAAUCUUGAAGUGCUUCAUCCUGUUCCUGAGGAAGAACCGGUUUACCAUGAUGCCACUGACAAAGAUGCAGAUUUGGAGAAGGCAUCGUGAGCAGACGGACUAGCUACUAAAAGGAUUUGAAGUGGUGUGUUUCUUCCCUUUGUAGCUGAGUGGUUGAUUUGAGGUCUUUCUUGCCCACUGUAUUUUGAGGUCAAAUGAAGUUUGGAAUGAUCUUUCCUUUACCUUGAGCUUCCAAAUAUGUUACGCCUUUUCGUUUUUUUUUAUCUCUGUUCUUUUUUUAUCAAUUUAUCAUCAGUACAUUGAUUGACUUCCAAACUCCAUCUACAGCUUUUAGAGUUAUCUAAAAGCUAGUAAAAAUGGUGGGAGGUGAUUACAAUAUCAUGUACCAAUCGAGUAAUUAUUAUGUGGAUAAUGAAGAGGUAAGGACAAAAGAAUCUUAUUCAGCCGCCUCAACAACUCUAUUUCUUAUCGGCCUUUGAAUUGGCCGACAGCUAUUGGAGCAAUUGCUGAUUACCUGUUAACCUUCUCUUUAAUAGACACAUUCUUCUCUGUAGUUCGGGUUAGUUUUUUUUAAAGCAAUGAAGUGAACUGUCUUUGUUACCCCAUCAACGGCCUUACUCGUCAACCAUUAGAAGGUUUCUAUGUAACGAAGCUAGUAGGUAGGAUGGGGGAUGAAGUGGGGGAUGAGAUUCAUUCUCUUUGGAUGGCUGAAUUUGGAGGAAACAAUGUUUUUAGUUUGAUUCUCCAGUUGACCUGUAAAUUUUAUUAAGGUGUACACCUAAUGAGCUCAAUGCCUGUGGAAGGUUUAAGUUGUGUGAUGAUUAAUGAAAGUGUAGAUAUGUUGAGAAAAUGUUUGGAUAGUUGAGAAUUGGGUUACCUUGAAAAGGUCACUAUGAUUAAAUAAUGAGUGAAUCUUUGCCUGGGGUACGGUGAAGGUCAUGAAAUAAAUAGAACAUUCAACUGGUACGUUUAUCAGAUUAGCUCGAGAAGCCCGAAAAAGCCAAUGAUGAAUCUUUAUUAACCAUGCAACUAUAUUUCCCCAAAUUAAUUGUUUUGUUGUUUUGUUUUAGUUCAAGUUAUCAACUGUUUAACUAAGUAGACUUUUUUGUUUGGGAUGGCGGACGAAGUUCUGGGAUGAAGGAGUGCGUAAAUGACUUUUUUGUUUGGGAUGGCGGACGAAGUUCUGGGAUGAAGGAGUGCGUAAAUGAUCUGUUUUGUAUCUUAAUUAUAUCUACAAGUUAACAAGUCUGCAACCAAACUUUACGGGACCUUCAUUUUGGCUACUAAUCCUUUCGUCGCAGAAGGCAGAUAUGAGUCGCCUUCCUAAAUUGAUCUCGAAGAGGUAUUGCAAAGGUUCGGCAAUUAGCAAGUAAGCUUGUAAUCUUCAGAAAUUUCCUGCAGUGAAAUUAUUGGUCACUUAUAGAGUUCGAAUUGCUGCAACAAAAGCUUAUUUUCACUAAGAGAUACUUAAAGUUAAUUAUCCUCUCUGAUUUAGCAAGAGAUAUGCACUUAUUUGGCUAGCUAAGCCUCUCUUAUUGUUCAUUGACAGGCG